AUGGAUAUACAGUCUUCUGCAGGUGAAGGCUCCCCCUUCUCGCCUUCAGCAACAGAUAGCAGCAGCAGCAGCAGCAGCAACACGGAAGCUGUGCUGUGCGCAGUUGGGGCUGUCUCGGUGUUGACUCCCUCUGGCGACUCCUCGCCUUGGCAGCGGCGGCUGCCUUUUGUUGUUUUUGCAGUCGAGACAAACUUAUCUCAAGAUAUAUCUUUUCUUCUUCCUCCCUCUGCUUUGAAGCCUGCAGCUGCAAAAGAGCUUCGCCUUCAAAUUGCUUGUGACGCCUUAGCUGCUCUCAUCUCUUACUGGAGCCUAGCUUCGGAUGAUUCUUUGUAUCACGCCUGUUCUCUAGGCAUAUACCCGAUUUCUUCUUUUUUAAAUAUCGAUGCUGCUGCUGCUGCUGCGCUGCACCUGCUGCCGCAGCAGCAGCAGCAGCGGCAGCAGCAGCACCGCAUUCUGCCCUGCAGCUCGAAGUAUGGAGAGGCGCAUGCAGCAGCAAAAGACAAACUCAGUGCUGCAGCAGCAGCAGCAGCAGCAGCAGCAGCAGGAUCGGGUGCAGCAAGCUCAGUAUUUGGGUUAUUCUCUCGCCGCUGCUGCACAUCUUUAGGCGUUCGGAAGCUGCAUUUGUUUAUUGCACAGCCGCUUGUAGAUGAAGAUGAAAUACGCAAGAGACACGACAUAGUUGAAGCAUUUAUGCAGGAGGUGUUUCGUAAGGAGGUGUUUCAGCUGCACUUUAAGCAUGUCUGCGAGCUUGAUAUAUUGUCUACAAAGCUUCACCGCAUCCAUGCAGCAUCUCAAGCAAAUAAAGCGACAAAGAAAGCAAACAAGAUGGGUGUGGGUUUGCAAGACCUGGUGAAGCUGUACGACUGCGUUGUUGAGAGCAACAGCCUCCUCGGGUAUUUAAAAGGAUAUACAGGCCCUGGUGAAGAUACAGUUAAAAACUAUCUGUUCAAAGAGCUUCAAGAUACGCUGCAGAAGUUUUCAGGGUUUGUUCGGCUGGUGGAGCAUUCAAUAGAUGUAGAAGAAGCUAAGCAAGGGAGAUUUUUAAUUGAUAAACGGUUUGACCCCCGCAUGCAGCAGCUGCAGCAGCAGCGGAAGCAGGUGCUGCAGCAGCUCGAGGCAGAAAGAGAUAAAGCUGAACAAACCCUUCAAUUAGAAAGAAAGAGAGAAGCAAAUGCAGUUAAACUUAUCUUAGACACUACACUCGGAUUUACACUUCGAGUUGUUAAAAAGGAUCAGCAAGCCGUCCUUGUUGCUUCAACAUACUGGCCGGUAGUCGAGCGUCUGUCGGAGUUGCUGGGAUCGAUGGAUGCGCUGGGAUCGUUUGCUGCAGUUGCAGUGUCUGCACCGAAAGUGUAUGUACGACCUGUUAUAAAAAAAGAGGGUAAGGCUUUUAAUAUUUAUUUCUAA